CACGUCACACGAAGCUCGUCUUGGUAGUUUGAGCUGUCUCUCCCGCAACCGAAUUUUUUCGUUCUAGACUCCCCAACCCCAACCUUCUCUGUCAUCGCACGUCUCCUCCUCUUCAUCUUCUUCUUCUUCUCUUCUUCCUCUUCUCCGGGCAUCUCUCUCUCUUGCUCUCUCUCUCUCUACAACUCCCAACUUCUCUCUCUAGCGCGCAUUUCGCACUUCCUCUCUCUAGCUCCGUCUCCGCCUUCGCCUUCGCCGCCGCGACUCCUCUCGAACCGGUCCGUAUGGGGAUUGCCAAGACAUUCAAGGACGAGUUCUCCUUCGAUAAGCGCUUGGAAGAAUCCAAGAGUAUCAUUGCCAAGUAUCCCGACAGAGUUCCUGUGAUCAUAGAAAGAUACUCGAGGACCGAUCUGCCAGAAAUGGAAAAGAAAAAAUUUCUCGUCCCUCGCGACAUGUCGGUGGGUCAGUUCAUGCACAUUUUAAGUAGCAGGCUGCACUUGACCCCGGGGAAAGCUCUAUUUGUAUUCGUCAAGAACACCUUGCCACCAACAGCAAGUCGGCUGGACCUCAUUUAUCAGUCUUUCAAGGAUGAUGAUGGCUUUCUGUACAUGUGCUAUAGCAGUGAGAAGACCUUUGGCUAAGCUGUACAAAUGACUCCCAUGCAGGUCCCCUUCCUUUUAGUAAAUGCUGGGGACCCCUUAACUGGAAUAACCUGUCCAUUCUCUCAGCACUUUGAAAUUGUAAAUUAUGUAAAUUUGUACAUUCUGUGAUCCAAUAAAGAUGAAGGCGGUGCAUACUGCGCCUCGACCGAUUAAUGGUU